CCCGGGGUGGAUAUUGAACAGUUUCCCGUUGUUACCCGUGCUCGUCCAUUUUUUUUUAGUCGGCAAAAUGUUGCCUCUCUGAGGUGCCCGGCGACUUAGCCAAACGUUCGGACGCUAACUCUUGCCGUGCAUCAUAAUGUAGCUUGAAAAGGCUAAGCGGUCGCUCACGUCCCGUUAAUAAAUAGAAUGUCGCUUUGGAGGCGCUAUCUUCGAGGAUUGAGUGUAAUUUCGAAACAAGCAACCCACGGGCUUGUUAGCAUAGCUUAGCAAUGCGUAGCUGCCGCGAGACGUUGUUUGGACCUGAAUGUCAUGGUCUCGAAACCAACUUUGCGGCUUUUUUGAUGAUUAACUAUAGUUUUUUUUUUGUAUUUAUUUAUUUUUUUAAACCUCUUUGGAUUAGAGGAGUAGGGCUGCACGGUGAAAGUGAUUAGCACGUCUGCCUCACAGGUUGGGACUUAGAAUGUAGGCGGCGGCCUUCGUGUGUGGAGAGUGCAUGCCUUGGUUUCCCCCUAACAUUUAAAAAGAAAACCAUGUUAGCUUCGUUUAAUAUUAGAAAUUGCCCAGAGGUGUGAAUGCGAAUGGUUAUGUGCCCCUGGGAUUUGCUGGCGAACAGUGCAGGCAAAUGACAAUCAUCAAAAGUUGUGCCAUUUAGAGCCACCCUCCUCCCAAAAAAAAAAAGGCUCAGUAGCGCCCCCUAAAAAAAUAGACGUAACUCCGACUGGCCGCUUUACGUAGCUCUACGAAAAUUGCGGGGCAGAUGUAACAGCAUAAGACUUAUUGAAGUCUCUUGGAGCAUCCAUUUUUAAUUUACUUUCAAAUUUGAGCACCUUUUCAGUCUUUUAUAGAGGUAAUUUUUAAACGACAUGCGAGAGACUUACUCUGAUCAACUUUUAAACUUGGAUGUGGUAUGCAAAGUCAUCCAAAACUUUUUCGUCUAAUGCUGUUGCUGUGGUAGCACGGCAAACCGAUGUCCCGCUGUGACGACGGGUGUUUAACUGGUAGUUCAGCGCAGAUGCUCAUAUCUUUUCAAAAUGUCACACAUUUGAUGAGAGUCCAGGCCUUAAGACUUUUACAAAUUAUUUCGUUGUCAUCACGGCACACACAUCAAAACUUAUUAGGGCCCGAGCAGGUAGACUUGCGAGGUCCCUGUUGUUUUUGUAGAAAUUAUUUUUAUUGUUACUAUUAUUAUUAUUUUAGUCAUGACCAUCAAAGCCCUUUUUGAAGAACUCAAUGUGCACGAAAACUCUCGAAAUUUGGCACGCACAUCGGGCCUGGUGAAAAAUUUUAUAAUUUCACAUUUUCGGGCGCGAUUCCCUAAAAAUGGCUCGACAGCGCCACCGAGAACGAUGCCAAAAGUACGUCAAAGGCGAACUCUGUGAUCCGUAUGACCUACGGCUCUGAAUAUUGGAUCAACUGAGCGUCUGCAGUCAUGGUGAAAAUCUUUAUCGGCAAUCUUGCCUGUAACACCAGCGUAGACGAGCUGCGGGGCCUCUUCGAGAAGUACGGCAAGGUCACAGAGUGCGACAUAGUCAAGAACUUUGGCUUUGUGCACAUGAGCAUCCUUUCCGAGGCCGAGGAGGCCAUCCGGAACCUCAACCAGCACCAGCUGAACGGCUGGCGCAUGAACGUGGAACUGAGCAAGGGCAGGCCCAAGUCCAGCACCAAGCUGCACGUGGGCAACCUCGGCGAAGGGGUCACCGCGGACAUUUUGCGGGCUAAGUUCGAAGAGUUUGGCUCGGUAGUGGAAUGUGACGUAGUGAAGGACUAUGCCUUCGUUCACAUGGAGAGAAUGGAGGAUGCCAUGGAUGCCAUUAAUAAGAUGGACAACACUGCCUUCAAAGGCAAACUGAUGAGCGUACAACUGUCCACCAGUCGGCUGCGCACGGCCCCGGGAAUGGGAGAUCAUACCGGCUGCUUUGUCUGCGGGAAACACGGUCACUGGUCGAAAGACUGUCCAGUCGAUCGGAACAAUAGCCACGGUGACGACAUGAGAGGUUUCGGCGGCCGGGGCCCCCCACACGGUCCCCCAGGUUUUGGCAGGGGUGGCUACGGAAUGGCCAGCGCGCCCUCUAAUUACAUGGCUGGCUCUGCGUUUAAUCGGCCUAGUUAUGGCGGCGGGAUGCCGCCCCCUCCUCGGAGGCCUGGCCCCGAGGUGGGGGAUAGGUACGGUGAGAGGUCUGGAGUUUUCGAACGAGACCGUGUGCAAAGCAGUGUCGACUUCUAUGAGAAGUACAGAGCUCGCCCUUACGGCUCGAGCUAUUUCGAGGAGCGCCGCAUGUCCUAUCUCCCCCCUCCCCCUCCUCCCCCACCCCCUUCUUCCCUCUCAAAGUUCUCGGGUGUGGACCCGUACGAGCGGCGUCCUCCGCCGCCGCCCGCGCCGGCCCCCCCCUCCGCCGCCGCCGCCGCUUACUAUGCGAGAGAGCACAACCCAAUCAACCGGGUACCCGUCGCCCCGGCCGGCUACGCCUAUGAGCGAAAGCGGCUGUCGCCGGUGUCCGCCACCAGGGGCUCCUUCAUGCCGCCGCGGCACAUGCCACGAUACGCGCCGUACUAAAGCCCACGGUCUUGGACUUUUUCUGCGACCGUCGUUUCAUCAAGCUUCCCGACUCACGUCAGACUGCGUGGUGCCACGAUUCACUUUUUUAAUUAUUUUUUUAUUUUUAUUUGUUUCCUUCAGAAUUUUGCAUAGUCAGCUCAGUUUCAUAUACACAUUUGAUGUUCCAGUUUGAUUUCUUAAUAAUCGAUACAUCGCUGGCUAGUUUCGCAAGAUUUUCAGCUCACUUUUUAGACUUUACUUUUUUUUGGAGGGGGGGCACAAAUCCAUGUGAAAUUCUUUAACGCAUAACGUCAUUCAAAAAGUGCAUUGGCCUGUCUGAGACAUUUGUAUGGGAGUGUGGCGGAAGAUCCAAAACUUAUUUCAGUGCUGUCACAAAGUUCCUGUUUGUUUACUAAAAGUCAUCGCAGACACGUUCCCAUCUGCUCGUGCGUCCUUAAGCAUUAAUGGAUCAGAAUGCCAGUUGACAUGAUCCCACUCAAUGUAAGUUCCUCAAAUAGAAGUGAAGACAAAUAAUAGUUUAAAAAAAAAAAAAAAACAUUCCAACCUGCCGUUUGACUUCAAUGUGUGUCCGAAAGUAACAUUUUUAUAUCCCCCCCUUUUUUUUUCUUUUUUUUUACCCCCGUUCUAAAGUGAGAGUUCUUUGAAAUAAAGUGUCAUUUAUUGACAGCAAGGCAUGUAAUGUGUUAUUCACCUGGAUCUUUCUGAUUUCAUAACUUCUGUCUGUUGAAUGCUGUCUUUGCAAGAAUCCCAAGGGUGAAUGACUCAGGGCUUGGACUUGAUGUCAAGAGGCACCAUGUGCUUUGAUGUUCCUUUUUUUUUUUUUUCAUAGGUGGAGUUGAAUAUUGUAUUUUUCAUACUAGCUGUAAUAGAACCAGCAUACAUAGUUUUUUUAAAUAAAAGAAAACAAGUUA